AUGAUUGGCUGCAAAAUCUUUACAACUGAUAGGAGAAGUGGGUUCCGGCUUGCUUGUGAACUACAUUUUGUGCCAUACAAGAAAGCCUUAGAUGCACGCUAUUUUAAUGAGAAAGAGAAGGAUGUGAGAAAGAAAUCGACUAAGCCGGUUUUGAAAACAUAUUGGAAAAUUGAAGAAGAGGCAACCAAAGUAUAUACAAGGAAGUCAUUCAGUAUCUUUCAAGAUGAGCCAUUCAAUUGCCAACAGUACAAAGCAACAAAAGUUCAAACUGAGGGUGAAAGUAAGAUGUAUAUCCUAUGUGUCUUCAUGAAGAAAUCAAACUUGGAUAGUUUACCACAUCAGUAUGUUCUUGAAAGAUGGACCAUCAACGCUAAGAGUCAAGCUAUUCAUGAAAUACCAAAUUCUGAUGUCCAAGUUUCGACACAUGAAGAUCCGAUAAUGCGAAAAAGUCAUUUGAUGAUGCAGUUUUAA